AGCCACAUCCAGGUGCUGGCUCGUCGCAAAGCCCGAGAGAUCCAGGCCAAGCUAAAGGAUCAGGCAGCUAAGGACAAGGCCCUGCAGAGCAUGGCUACCAUGUCGUCCGCCCAGAUCAUCUCCGCCACAGCCUUCCACAGUAAAAUGGCCCUCACUCGGGGCCCAGGCUACCCAGCACCUUCCUUACCAGCUGAAGCCCCUGCUUUUUGGCAAGGAGCUUUGCCAGGCCAAGCCGGAACAUCCCAUGAUGUGAAACCUUUCUCUCAGCAAACCUACACUGUCCAGCCUCCGCUGCCUCUGCCAGGGUUCGAGUCUCCUGCAGGGCCUACCACGUCGCCCUCGGCACCUCCUGCACCUCCGUGGCAGGGCCGUAGUGUUGCCAGCUCCAAGCUGUGGAUGUUGGAGUUCUCUGCCUUCCUGGAACAGCAGCAAGACCCUGAUACGUACAACAAGCACCUGUUUGUGCACAUUGGCCAGUCAAGCCCAAGCUACAAUGACCCCUACCUCGAAGCUGUGGACAUCCGCCAGAUCUAUGACAAAUUCCCAGAGAAAAAGGGUGGACUCAAGGAGCUCUUUGAACGGGGACCCUCCAAUGCCUUUUUUCUUGUGAAGUUCUGGGCAGACCUCAACACCAACAUCGAGGAUGAAGGCAGCUCCUUCUAUGGGGUCUCCAGCCAAUACGAGAGUCCCGAGAACAUGAUCAUCACCUGCUCCACCAAAGUCUGCUCUUUUGGCAAGCAGGUGGUGGAGAAAGUUGAGACAGAGUAUGCCCGCUAUGAGAAUGGCCACUACUCCUACCGCAUCCACCGGUCCCCGCUAUGUGAGUACAUGAUCAACUUCAUCCACAAGCUGAAGCACCUGCCUGAGAAGUACAUGAUGAAUAGUGUGCUGGAGAAUUUCACCAUCCUGCAGGUGGUCACCAACAGAGACACGCAGGAGACCUUGCUGUGCAUUGCCUAUGUCUUUGAGGUGUCAGCCAGUGAGCACGGGGCUCAGCACCAUAUCUACCGGCUGGUGAAGGAAUAG